CACCUACGCCAACCUCGGCCCGCCCUCGGACGCCGGCGCCGGCGGCCUCCUGCCCUACCAGGUGACGCCGCCCAAGUCUCAGGGCCCCUCGGAGGCGGAGAAGAAGCUGGACGAGCUGACGCGCCAACUGGAAGAGGAGCUGGAGGGCAGGGAAGAGGAGGGCGAGUAUUUCGGGCUGUGCUACACGUGCGGCGAGAAGGUGACGGGCGCCGGCCAGGCCUGCCAGGCCAUGGGCAAUCUGUACCACACCAACUGCUUCGUGUGCUGCUCGUGCGGCAGGGCGCUGCGCGGCCGCGCCUUCUACAACGUGCACGGCAAGGUCUACUGCGAAGAGGACUAUCUGUACUCCGGGUUCCAGCAGACAGCCGAAAAAUGCGCCAUCUGCGGACACCUCAUCAUGGAAAUGAUUCUGCAUGCCAUGGGCAAGUCGUACCAUCCUGGGUGUUUCCGGUGCUGCAUCUGCAACGAAUGUCUCGACGGCGUGCCUUUCACGAUCGAUGUCGAUAACAAGAUCUACUGCGUGAACGACUACCACAGGAUGUUCGCGCCCAAGUGCGCCGCUUGCGGCAAGAGCAUCACGCCAGUGGAGGGCACCGAGGAGACGGUGCGCGUGGUGAGCAUGGAUCGCGACUUCCACGUGGACUGCUACAUCUGCGAGAUGUGCGGCCUGCAGCUGACGGACGAGCCCGACCAGCGCUGCUACCCGCUGGACGAGGCGCUGCUGUGCCGCCGCUGCCACCUGCAGCGGCUGCACCAGCUGGGCCGCACCUCCACCAGCCACAUGCAGAGCGUCGACUACAAGUGCACGGACACCGGCGAGCCGACGUGGUACUACGCCUCCUCCUAGACGGCGGGGGCGCCGUGUGCGCCGGCGGGCGGUGUGGCGCGCGCGCGCCGGCCGAUGGUGCGGCUCGCGGCCGACGUCCUACCGGUCCGACGCGCCGCGCUGUGAUAUGUGCUGCCGACUACUGAACACAUUCCAUCGCGGGGCAUUUACUUCCGACGCGGCGACUGAGGUACUGCGCUGGCCGGUCCCGCUGGGAGACGGCCGGAACGGAGCGGGCCUUGUGUGAUUUUUGUCGCUUUCGAUCCACCUUUUGGAGCGCGAUUUUUUAGCUUUUAUUCGCACGGCGCUCCAGGUGAGCGCUGGUGCGUCUCGGUGUGAACUGUGCAAUUGUAAAAGUUCGCUGGAGUGCGUGUCAUGUCCAGGCAAGACGGAUCUCCGCAGCUUGGCGGCUUUGAGUACCAAUGUGCCAGAUGUGCGAAAGAUAGUUUGUAACUCGGCUGUCUCGAUGCGAGCGAAGCAAGCCUCGCCACGGAUGCCGAAGUGCCCUGUAUUCCGAACUCAUGUGCGUCUUAUGCGGGAUGGCCGGCCCGGUGUCGCGAGCGGCCGGCCGCGCGCGGCGGCUGGUUCGUCGGCCCGCAUCAGCCGGCCGUGGCCGCUCGGAGCGAACCGGGAUCAAUGUGAUAUGGAUCACGUGUGCGCGUGGCUGCGUCGCUCGGGCUCGACGAGCGGGCCGCCGCGGCCGGGCGCCUGUGGUCGAGCUGUGGCGAGGUGCCGCGGG